CCCAACAAUGGGAGGCCCACCUAAACCCUCGACAUCUGAUUGUCUGCGUACAAUAAUAACUAGUCGGAUCACAUCAAAAUAUCUCGCAAUCCAGUUCAGACUCAUCAAUGUCUGCAUCAAAAUCAGACCCUACAAUCUCCAUGUCAGAUGGAGAAGCAAAAGCACCCAAUGUAUUUGAAAGACUGAAGGAAGAGAUUGAAGCAAUAGUACACACUGAAAGAAGACAUCAUCACUAUCGCAAGGAAACUUAUGGAAAGAAUGAAGAGAUCAUAGAUGAAAACACUCCAUUAGAUGAUGUGAAAGCCCCUAAUGUGUUCGAGCGAGCGAAGGAGGAGAUUGAGGCUCUUGUUCAGACAAUCCAUCCCAAGAAAGAGUCUCAAACUUAUAAAACAAGGGAUCAAUCCACCAAGGGAGCUUCAGGAUCAGAGAAAACAGAGAAUGGCGCAAAGGCGCCCAAUCUCACUCAAAGUGCUAAGAAGGAGACCGAAAGAAUCAAGCGUGGCGACAAUUCUCCACACCGUCAUCAUCAUGAAACUCAUGGAAGAAGCGAUGACAUUGAUGAAAGCACUCCUAUUAGUGAAGUAAAAGGUCCUAAUAUUUUUGAACGGGGAAAAGAAGAAGUCGAGGCACUUAUUUAUGCGAUCCAUCCGAAAAAGGAGUCCAGUAAUUUUGUUUCCUCACCUAAGAAGGAUGGUGGAUUUAGGCAGUCUAUUGCAAGAGGGUUGGAAAAAGUUUGCUCUCCAUUUAGUCACAAGAAAGAUUGAUGUGUAAAGUACUACAGGAAUGUAUACAACAGCAAGAGCAAUUCAGAAUUAAACUCUGACGGAAAGUGAGACAUGCAUGAUAAUUGAUCUUCAACUGAACUCUUGAUUAACAUUGUUGAAAGAUGCAAUGAUUCUGUUUUA